CGCUGCAAGCACGAUGUACGUAAAGAUACCAACGUUAAGGCCACACUAUAGUACAGGUAUACUAUGUCUCUCGACACUUCUGGCCAAGAAGCUUUGCGGAAGGAUACAAACAGUGAUCAUGCUCUGGAAGGUCCUUGUGGUGGCCAUUUUUAUGGCUUUCGUCUACAGCGCUCCCCUCCCCUUUCCCGAAUCCCCGCGAUCCUACAGCAAGGAACCGGGGAUGCCCUUCGACUUCGCUUAUUCUGUGAAGGACGACUACACCGGCAAUGUUUUUGGACAUGCAGCACACAGCGAUGGAAUCGUCACAUCAGGCUCCUACAGGGUCCUGCUUCCCGACGGACGGACCCAGGUUGUCACUUUCUCAGCUGAUCCUCACAAUGGCUAUCAAGCAGAGGUUACGUAUGAGGGUGAAGCCAUCUACUCUGUCCCUAAGCUUUCUAUUUAUUUAUAGAGAGCAGUUUAUAUCAUGCCAUAACUUAUUUGUUAUAUAGCCAGAACUGAAUAGAUGCCUUCCAGUUCCAAGUAUAAUUUAUCUUGAACUCUACAACCAAACUUUAACUUAUUACUAAACAAGGAGCACACAGACUCUAAACUAUUUCUGAUUGUUACUCUAACUCAAUUACCGCUUGUGUUUAAAGUGGCCACCACAAGGUAUUGUUCAAAGAAUAUAUUAUUUUUUUAUAAAUAAAUGUGUAUA